AUGGCUGAAGUUGGAAACAAAAGACGCCGUCUGUCUGAGGACGGCACCUUUGAAUCUAAAGAAGUCGAAGAAACACUGCCAGAGCAAACCGAGACAAUGGCUGACCCUGCCGACGAAGCACCAGCGAAAUCAAAGCUGAGGAGAGAACUCUUCGUGCGAUCUCUCCCAGCCUCAGCGACAACAGAAAAACUGACAGAGUUCUUCUCUCAAUCCUACGUGCUCAAACAUGCAACAGUCGUGCUCGACCCGGAAACCAAGCAGUCCAGAGGCUAUGGAUUUGUGACUUUUGCAGACAUCGAAGACGCCGAGCGUGCAUUGGAGGAAUUCAAUGGCGCCGAAUUCGAGGGCCGAAAAAUCAAAGUCGAGGUUGCGCAACCACGUAAGCGUGAAAUCGAUGAGAACAAAGGGAGAAGUGUGCCUUCUGCAGAAUCCGAGAAACUCAAGGCGGAGCGUCAACGUCAAAGGGAACAAACUCAACCUCCCAGAUUGAUUGUACGAAAUUUGCCUUGGACUAUCAAAGAUUCCGAUCAGCUUGCCGCCCUGUUUCGCAGUUUUGGAAAAGUUAAACAUGCAGUUGUGCCGAAGAAGGGCAAUGUGCAGGCGGGUUUUGGAUUCGUUGUGCUGCGCGGCCGGAAGAAUGCCGAGAAAGCGCUCGAGGCUGUGAAUGGAAAGGAGGUUGAUGGCAGAACGCUGGCUGUCGACUGGGCAGUGGAGAAAAGUGUCUGGGAAGAGGCACAGCAGGCUACGGAGAAGAAGGAUGAGGAUGAUGACGCCAUGGAUGUUGACGGCAAGGAAAUUUCUCCAGCUAAAAGUUCUUCCGAUGAGGUUGACGUUGAAAAUGACGAUGAGGGCGUUGAUAUUGAAUCAGACGAAGAUGAAGAGGAGGAGGAGGAAGAAGAAGAAGGGAGCUUUGGACCAGUGCGAUACGCGCGUAUCGUUGUGGACUACGAAACAGAGCGCCCAAGAGGAACGGGCUUUGUUUGUUUCUGGAAGCCCGAGGACGCAAUUGCAUGCAUCAAGGAUGCCCCGAAGCAGACUGGUGUUGGAAACGAAGACUCCAAUUCAAAGAAGAAUGCUUCGAGCAUCAAGCAGUCUGUCCUGCAGAAUGACACACUUGACCCGACUGGAAGGUACACCAUGGAAGACCGUGUCUUGAACGUUUCUCGAGCUGUUUCCAAAUCAGCAGCCAACAAGCUGACAGAGGAAGGAGUAUCGCGGCGGACCGAGAGGGACAAGGACAAGCGACGACUCUUCCUUCUAACCGAAGGAACCAUCACGUCCAAUUCCUCACUGUACCAGAAACUAGCGCCGUCGGAAAUCAAAAUGAGAGAAGACAGUCUCAAGCAGCGCCAAAAUCUCAUCAAGAACAACCCGACUUUGCAUCUAAGUCUCACUCGUUUAUCAAUUCGCAACAUCCCGCGAUCAGUUACUUCCAAGGACCUAAAGGCUCUUGCCAGAGAAGCCAUUGUCGGAUUCGCCAAAGACGUCAAAGAAGGACGCCGCCAACCGCUAUCAGCAGAUGAAGUGUCGCGCGGCUCAGAGGAGACCAAAGAAGAUGACAAACACCGCCGCGAAAAGGGCAAAGGUCUUGUCAAACAAGCCAAGAUUGUCUUUGAAGGACGCGACGGCAGCAAGAUCGAGGAAAAGACUGGCGCUGGCCGUAGUCGAGGCUACGGGUUUAUUGAAUACUUCAACCAUCGACAUGCGCUCAUGGGACUACGCUGGCUCAACGGACAUGUUGUGCAAGCCAAGCCUAGUGGUGAUGGAGAGACUGAGAAGAAGAAGAGACUCAUUGUCGAGUUCGCAAUUGAGAAUGCUCAAGUUGUGAAGAGGAGGAAAGAGUUUCAAGAAAAGGCACGCAACAAGCAAGGUGAUGGGGAUGAUAAGGGACGGGAUACCCAAGGACCCAACAAAACGGGGAUCAAGAGAAAGAGACCAGACGGUCGGGUGAAUAAAGGAGAUAAGAAGAAUGACAAAAAGGCGGAUGCUGGUGACGGUGACAACGACGAUGAUGAGAAGAACAGGAUCGCGAAGAGAAACCGAAUCAUUGCCCGUAAACGCCAGCAACGACGACAAAGGAAAGGCAAAGCCUGA